AUGAGCGAGCUUCUAGCAUAUAUCCUUGCAAAUGAGGAGUCUUUCCGAAGAGCUCGACUUCCCUCCCUGUAUUCAGACUUUUCUACCCAGCGGUAUACCAAUCCGGAUGGAUACGAAAUAAACAUUACGGCAUGGCAGCGGGCGCUAGCUCAUGCUGCUCUUGCAGGUGUUAUACAUGCUUCACCGGGAGGUAAACACAAUGGUGUCGAAAAGACUGCAGUCAAAAGUAAUUUACUCGUGCUGAGGGUGGGUGACGCUCUCAUGGAAGAGCUAGAGACGACGGAAUGGGGACGCCCAGUGGCUUUGCAGAGUGCAAUUGACGAAGCUAUGCGGUCGAAUUCCAUGAUACCACUCGAUACCUUCCAGAUGAGCUCUACUAGCCCCUUCAAAUCGACAUGGUUAUGCCUCCCUUCACCUCCCACAAUAUCACAAGUCAUGGGCUGGAGCAUGAGGCAGAUAAAAGGUUUCCUCCCUUUUGAGGGCAAUUCGGAUGGUUCAGAAAAGCUACAAACAAUGAACUUAGUUUUGGUGGAUAAUUUAAAGGAAGUUGCAAAACGAGUCAUUGCGGCCGGCGCAAAAUCACACAUGUCCAAUACGGACUACAUAUAUUCCAAGGAGCUAUUUACGAAACAAUUCGCAGAUAUAUUAGGUGGGAAAGCUGUGUUAUCUAAUUUGGAUUUCGAUGUCCUCCUUAUAUUCCUAUCCAGGGAUGAAAAUGCAAUUAUUUAUGAUGGAGAGACAAUCAAAUUUGAGAGCUCCAAAAACAAUACCAAGACAAUAACACACGAAGACCGGACAAUCGCAUCGUUGAAGACGCUGAUAUCAAAUCUAUCCGGACAGGUCGCAAACCUAGAAUCAAAAAUCAAGGAACUAUCACUCAGAGCAAAAAAUGCAGUAGCUGAUAAAAACCGCGUUGUCGCUCUAUCCGCGUUGCGGUCGAAAAAGAUGGCAGAAAACAAUCUCAAGCGGCGGACAGACACUUUACUCCAACUCGAAGAAGUGUAUAUGAAAUUGGAGCAGGCGACAGACCAAAUAGAUAUUGUACGAGUAAUGCAAGCCAGCACCGGCGUACUUCGAUCGUUGCAUGCCCAAGUCGGCGGAGUCGAAAUGGUCGAAGACGCUGUGGAAGAGCUACGAGAAGAGAUGGCUCGAGUCGACGAAAUUGGAAAUAUCAUUAAUGAGGUUGGACCUGCGAUCGAUGAAGGGGAGUUGGACGAUGAGCUUGUGGAGAUGGAAGCCAAGGAGCAGGAAGCACGUGAGACCAAAGAAGCAGAGGCUACACGAUGGAAAUUGGCGGAACUAGAACAACUAGGGAAACCAGCGGCUAAGGUUGAAGCUGAGGCGCAGCGCAAAGCUGAGCAGGAGUAUACGGCUUCAUCACAGCCAGUCGAUUACGACUCUGACCUCGAAGAUAGCAUUGGAAAGCUUUCGCAGAUGUCCAUUGAAGACACUUCAAAGACUCUUGAUACAACGGCGAAGGAGCCUAGACAGGUUCCGGCGAAAUAG